UAAACCGUGGCUGCAAUUUAGUGUGUUUAAUAAAGAAUAUAACAAGAAAAUGUUAAAAACAUACAUCGUGAAUAGUUAAAAUAAAAAAUAUUUGCAGAUGACGGUGUUGACUGUUGAUAAGCUAACGAAUGCAAUAAUUUAAAAAUAAUGAUGAAUAAUUUGCAGUUGUUUUUCCUGAAUUUGUCAAGUGUUUUGCUGUUAACGUGUGGAAACAAGAACGUUCCAUUUUAUCAAAUAGAAGCAGUUGUUGGUGAAACAGUACACUUACCAUGUGAUACAACUACUAAUUCUGCCGAUGAAGCCAACUUGAUACUUUGGUAUCGGGAGGAUAAAGGAACUCCCAUAUACAGCGUUGACAUUCGAGCUGGAAUAUCAAAAGUUGCAAGGCGAUGGUCAGAUGAAACCGCUUUUGGAGACAGAGCCCAUCUUACACUUGAUAAGGGGCCGUGGAAGUUAACUAUUCGCAAUAGUCAAGUGUCUGAUACUGGAGCGUAUAGAUGUCGGAUAGAUUUUGAGAAGUCACAAACGCAUAAUUGUCGAAUCGUAUUGACGGUAAUAGCUUUGCCUAAGGAGGUCAUCAUUCUAGACGAAAAGGGUGCUAAGCGCUCUACCGUAGUUGGACCUUACAACGAGGGUGAUUUUGUAAUACUUUAUUGUGAAGCUGUCGGAGGCACUCCUAGAUCGGAAUUGACGUGGUUUUAUGAAGACAUCCAAAUAAAUUCAGAAAUAUAUGCUAAUGUCGACACUAAGUCACUCCAAAAUGUUAUAAAAUUCGGGCCCUUAAAAAGAGAACAUCUUAAUGGACGCCUCUGUUGUCAAGCGAUGAGCCAUAUAAAAUCGGCGGCUGUUGAAGCGAUGGUACAAAUUGAUAUGAAUUUUCCACCCGUGGGUAUUCGAUUACUUGGUGCACACCAGCCGCUCUCUGCAGGCCACCGAUAUGAUCUUUUAUGCCAAAGUGCCGGAGGUCGACCACCUGCUGUCAUAACUUGGUGGGAAAAUGAUAUUCGAUUAGAAAAAACCACGGAAACUAUAUCAAGCGAUGGAAAUCAGACAACAAGUACAUUAUCAAUUACUUUUGACAAAUCUGAUGCCGGGAAAUAUCUCUCAUGUAAAGCAUAUAAUCUUGUUAUAACAGCACCACUGGAAGAUGGCUGGAUGCUUGAUAUCCAAU